GGCUUAUAUAUCUGGCUGCGCUUCUCUUGUUCGUAUCUCUGUUUCCCAUCCAUGACUAUCGCCUCAUCUUUGCAAGGUUACUAUGGCUGGCCUGAUAAGCUCUCUGGCGUAUACUACGGCCCAGGGUCCGUAUCUACUGCACUACCCAAGUUAUUGUCCUCUCUGGGUGCUCGGAAAGCAUUGAUUGUAACCACAAGGAGUCUUGUUGGCAAGACGCAGAUUGUAAAGCAAAUCGAGUCCAUCUUGAAAGAUCACGAUGUAUUUGGCGCUACUUUUCAAGAAAUCGGGGAGCAUGCACCUAUCGCAGGGAUCCGACGUGCCGUCAAAGUCUUUCGGGAAUCCGGCUGUAACAUCAUUGUCUCCAUCGGAGGUGGCUCGCCCACUGACGCAUCAAAGGCUGUCCUUUACUUUGCGCAGGAAGAGACCGGAGGCCCUAUUCUUCCUCAAAUAGCAAUUCCCACGACGCUCAGCGCGGCAGAAUACACGAUGGGUGCCGGAUAUACGAACGACCACGGUCAGAAGGAUAGAGUAUCUUCAAGACGACUUGUUCCCGCUGGUAUUAUACUAGACGCAGAUCUUACCUUACCAACGCCGGAGAGACUUUGGCUUUCAACGGGAAUUCGCGCCCUCGAUCAUGCUGUUGAAAACCUGUAUAGGCCCGGAGUCCCUUUCCCAAUCAAAGUGUUAUGUUACUCAGCCAUUGCCGACCUUUUCAAGUAUCUCCCUGCCUCAAAAGUCGAUCCACAAGACGUCGAAGUGCGACAGAGGCUUCAAUUGGCAUCUUGGAUGAGUAUAUGGCCCACGAAUUCGGAAAGACAGGGGUCAUUGGGAUUGUCGCAUUCUUUGGGACACAAAUUGGGAGCGGCGUACGGCAUACCGCAUGGUAUCACUUCUUGUCUUACAUUGGCGCCCGUAGUUGCAAUGAAAGCACAAACCGAAUCCCAAGAGAACAAGGAAACACUCGCCAAAGUGCUGCCCUACCUUCAUAUCGAGUCGACAGGCUCUGUGGAUGAGGACGUUCUGCUAGUGUCCAAGUCGAUCACCUGGUAGCAUCACUAGGACUCGCAUCCGACUUGGCCUCGUACAGGGUUCCGGGGGAGGAUGUGGGGCAGAUCGCAGAGCGCGCGCUCGGGAGCAAAGAAGAUCCUGUAUAUGGCAAAGUCAUCGGAAUUCUUGAGAGUCUAUACCCGACAAGUGAGAUGUGAUGGCACACUCGUAAAUUAGUCCGUCGUGUGUACGAUCAUAAGUAAUAGAAGGAUCUUGUAAUUGAAAUUACGAUUCGGGACCGUUUUAUCAGUUGUUCGUGCCAACACGUACGCAAUGAAGCAUUCCACAUGCCGGACGUCACGAAAGCUAUCAAACAAGUAUCCACGCGCAAUUAGUGGAGGA